AUGUGUGGGCUGCGUACCUGUUUUUUGUGCCUCGUCGUUGCAUUCUGCCUCCUCUUCGGAGUGUCCCACGCCACCAACGAGUCCGUUUGUGUCCUGAGCGAUGCGCCGCAGCAAUGUAGCGCCUUCUGCCUGGGAGCAUUGCAUCCACUGUGUGAUCAGUACGCCAAAUCCAAGCAAAAGGAGGAAAUAGUAAAGAUGAUAGCCGAAUCGCGGGCUGAGCAGAUGGAGCUCGUUAAUGACAUGGUGAAGCUGACAGCGGAUUCUCGGACUGAGCAGAAGAAGCUCGCGAAUCACAGCCAAGAGGCAAUGGAGAAGCUGAUCGCGGAUUCUCAGGCUGAGCAGAAGGAGCUCGUGAAUCGGAGCCAAGAGGAAAUGGUGAAGAUGAUAGCGGAUUCUCGGACUGAACAGAAGGAGGCAAUGGUGAAGCUGAUAGCGGAUUCUCGGACUGAGCAGAAGGAGGCAAUGGUGAAACUGAUAGCGGAUUCUCAGGCUGAGCAGAAGAAGCUGUUGAAUGUCCUUGCGGCAAAUAUAACUUCCACCGCGAGCAAACUUGAAUCCACCUUGCAGGAAAUGCCAUCAACACUGUUGCCUGUCCUUCAUAUUGGAUCCAGAUAUUAUUUCAUAGAAUAUAAAGAGAAAUCCAUGACCGAUGCCGAGAAAACCUGUCGCGAAAAGGGCGGUCAGCUAGCAACCUUCGGAAACGAAGACGAGUUUGAAGCCGUCACAAGAAACGUCAAUAUAUAUACCUACUUCUGGCUGGGUUACCGUCGAAAUAGUAAGGGCGAAUUCGAGACGGCCGCCGGAAAUAAAGGAUCGUUUAUGAAGUGGGAGUCAGGACAACCCGACAACAUUGCUGGCAAGGAGAACUGCGUUUUCCUGUUCAAUUCACACAUGUAUGAUUGGGUUUGCGAAGGUACCUAUUCCUUCAUUUGCCAGUUGGACGCGGUUUAAUAAAGAUAAAGAUAAUUCGUAAA